CAUCAUGUCUGGAAGAGGAAAGAGUGGAAAGGCCCGAACCAAGGCAAAGACUCGCUCAUCCCGUGCUGGUCUUCAGUUCCCAGUGGGACGUGUUCACCGAUUUCUUCGAAAGGGCAGCUAUGCACAGAGGGUAGGCGCUGGGGCACCCGUCUACAUGGCUGCAGUAUUGGAGUACCUGACUGCCGAAAUCUUGGAACUCGCCGGUAAUGCUGCUCGUGACAACAAGAAGUCUAGGAUCAUCCCUCGUCACCUUCAGCUCGCCGUACGCAACGACGAGGAACUGAACAAACUCUUGGGUGGUGUGACAAUCGCACAAGGUGGUGUACUGCCAAACAUCCAAGCCGUGUUGCUUCCAAAGAAGACCGCUAAAUCAAGCUAGUUUGCCUCGCCCGGCGAACCCCCAUUUUCAACGGCCCUUAUCAGGGCCACCAAAUAUUCACGAAAGAAUCGUUGUUGUUUUCUUUUCAUUGGUAUCCAUCCCUCUUUCUCCCUCACUAACUCUAUACAUACAGAUAAGGUAAAUGACGUGACGGAUAAGAAAAAUGUAUAAUGACAAGUAGAUUAGAAGUAAAAUGAUGUCAAAUAAAUAAAUGAAUAAAAAA